AUGGACGUACCAGGCUUCGCCUUGAUAACCGGAGCCGCUAGCGGCAUGGGCAAAGAGACAGCAAAGAAGUUCGCCCAAGACGGUGCAGCCGGUGCAGCCCUUCUCGACCUCAACGCCGACGCCCUCGAGAAAGUGAAGUCAGAGGUCCAACCGCUAUCGAACAACAAGAACUUCAAGAUCGUCACUCACGCUCUCGACGUCUCGGAUGAAGAGGCAGUGAUGAAGGCCGUUGAGUCCGUCAAGGAGAGCUUCGGCCGGAUUGAUUAUGCUGUGAAUGCUGCGGGCAUUGCGUUCAAGCAUGAAGGCGGUGGUGCGUUUGCUGAGACAAAGGAUUAUCGCAAAGUGUUGGCUGUGAAUCUUGAUGGGACCUUCUUCGUGAUGAGGGCUGUCGCGAAGACCAUGCUUGAGCAGAGUCCGCUGAAGUCGUCGAUUGAUGGGAGAGAGCUUGGGAGGGGAUCGAUUGUCAACUUCGCAUCGGUAGCAGGCCUCACCGGCAUCGGGCUGAGCACUGCUUACACCGCAAGCAAGCACGCAGUCAUUGGCCUGACCAAGACGAUGUCAGAGGACUAUGCUGCCAAAGGGCUGAGAUUCAACGCUGUCUGUCCUGGAUAUAUGGACACUCCAAUGACAAGGCAGAACGAAGUGAUUUCGAAAGCAUUCGAUGAGAGGGUGGCCAACUGGACACCGAUGGGUCGAGCAGGUCAGCCAGGUGAAGUUGCGGAUGCGGUAAUCUUCCUUUGCGGAGGGAGAAGCUCGUUCGUUACUGGAUCUGCCAUGGUGGUUGAUGGUGGAUAUACUGAGCGCUGA